AUGAUGACCAAAACUUGUCAAAUAUGGGCAACUACACAACUAUUAUUAACUUUGCUGAGCUUAGCGUUGGGUCAUCAGGAAUGCGACGGAAGUAACGACCCGUGUACAGGAGAAUGCACCCCGACGGGCGGUUCAAACGAGCAGAUUUGCAAACAUGGGAAUUAUACUUGUAAUCUGACAUGUAGCCAAGAGAAUGGUAAGCAAACUUGUAUGGCUAAAAAAUGUAAUCUAGAAUACAGCGGAAACAAUUCUUCUCAGCGCUGCAUCGGAGAAGUAGAAAGAUGCAAAAUGGAUUGCAACAGAGGAGAUUGCGAUCAGCUUUGCAACGGGAAAGAAUAUUGCAUUAUGCAAUGCAGUGGAAAAAAGUGUACUCAACGUUGCAAUGGGCCAGCAAAAGGAUGCAAAAUGAACUGCAGCGGGGAAGAGUGUAACCAGUAUUGCAACGCAGAAGAAGACUGCGAUAUGCAAUGCAGCGGGGAAAAUUGUACUCAGCGUUACAAUGGGCAAGUAAAAAGAUGUAAUAUGAAAUGCAGUGGGAGAGAGUGUAAGCAGUAUUGCAAAGGAAAAGAGAACUGCAUUUUGCGAUGUAAUGGGGAAGGGUGUGAUCAGCGUUGCAGCGGGCAAGCGAAAGGAUGCAAUGUAACAUGCAGCGGGAAAAGAUGUAAUCAGCGUUGCAACGCACAGGUAAAAAGUUGUAAUAUGCAAUGCAGCGGAAAAAACUGUACCCAGGAUUGCAAAAGGCAAUUAGAUAAAUGCAAUAUGCAAUGCAAUGGGAUUAUUUGUGAACAGACGUGUCAUGCUCACACAUGUAACAUGACAAGGUAUGGGCCCAGGAAUAGAUUAACUAAACAGAUCUGCAGAAGUGGUAAUGGCACAUGUUAUCAACACAUUAUGAUGCAAUGCAGCAUGGGAAGCUUUGAUAUCAACUGUUACAGAAGUGGUCGAUGCAUAGCCUCCAAACGGCUCAAUAGUGACUGCAGCCCUUCAAUUUUAUACACGUCCAACGUCGUAAAAUCAGCCUCGAUAACAACAAUACAAGUUAUCGCAACUCCAACUUCAACAGUACAAG